CCUGCCUUCUCUGCAGCUCCGCGGCCAGGGGUGGAAGGAAGCCGCAGCCGCAGCCCCAAGUCAACCCCCGCUGCCCCGUCCCACCGUCUCAUCUCUCCCCCCUCGCAGAGACAGGGUUUCACCCUGUUAGCCAGGAUGGUUUCGAUCUCCUGACCUCGUGAUCCGCCUGCCUCGGCCUCCCAAACUGCUGGGAUUACAGGCGUGAGCCACUGCGCCCUGCCUGGAACAUUGGCCUUUUCCAUGAGGAAGAGGCAACAUUGAGUGGCAGACAACACUUUUUGGCAUCUCUCCAAUUCAGCUGUUAGCAUCUCCUAGUGUCUUCUUCACAGCUAACAGCUUUGGCUACUUGAUCAUGACACUCCCUCUCUGAUCACAGAGCAAAUCCACUGUCUCCAUUGGUUUCCAGUACUAGUACUCAAUUCUGCUCAAUCCCACCUGAUUCCAGGAGAUAUAAUGGAGAAGUGCAUGAAAUCGCCACCUACCAUGCAGGUAGAGCCCUCCUUUCUUCAGGCAGAGAAUCUGAUUCUGCGGCCUCAAAUGCAGCAUCCAACCACGGAGAACACUGCUAAAAGGGGUCAAGUCAUGCCUGCCCUAGCCACCACAGUGAUGCCUGUACCAUACUCAUUUGAGCAUCUCACCCAGUUUCAUGGUGACCCUGCCAAUUGCUCAGAGUUCCUCACUCAGGUGACUACCUACUUGACAGCUCUCCAAAUCUCUAAUCCUGCAAAUGACGCCCAGAUCAAACUCUUUUUUGAUUACCUAUCUCAGCAGUUAGAAAGUUGUGAGAUCAUAUCUGGGCCUGACAAGAGUACCUUACUGAAGCAAUAUGAGAAUUUUAUUCUUGAGUUCCAGCAGUCAUUUGGUAAACCCACAAAACAGGAAAUGAACCCUCUGAUGAAUGCUAAGUUUGACAAAAGGGACAACUCCUCUCAACAGGACCCUACUACUUUCCACCUCCUUGCUCAAAAUCUGAUCUGUAAUGAAACCAAUCAGAGUGGUCAGUUCGAAAAGGCACUAGCUGAUCCCAACCAGGAUGAAGAGAGUGUCACUGAUAUGAUGGACAAUCUUCCAGACCUGAUCACUCAGUGCAUUCAGUUGGACAAGAAACACAGUGACAGGCCAGAGCUCCUACAGUCAGAGACCCAGCUCCCAUUGUUGGCUUCCUUGAUCCAACACCAAGCCCUCUUUAGCCCCACAGAUCCACCACCCAAGAAAGGGCCUAUACAGCUGCGAGAAGGCCAGCAGCCUCUCACCCCAGCCAAACGAGCCCACCAGCAAGAAACUCAGUUGUGCCUCUACUGCAGCCAAUCUGGUCACUUCACAAGAGAUUGCCUUGCCAAACGUUCUCGAGCUCCAGCAACGACAAAUAACACAGCUCACCAGUAAGAGGAGACCAGGAAAGUCACUUUUUAAACUUACAUCCCUCUCACUCCCAGCCUUACUUAUUUAUAUCCUGCAUUAACUUUUAAAAUACAGAUGGGGAACUGUGACACCACUUCAUAGGCAGUUAUGAACUGACACGCUUUGGGGAAUUUAAACAAUCAGAUCUUGUUCAUUGGCAAAUUACCCCUCACGAAACCUAACCCAAGAAUGAUGAAAACAAUUCACAGGCACUUUCUGCAGUUGGGAUUAAUUCUCCAAGAGCACCAAAAACCUGCAGGCAAAACUUUGCCUGGUCUGAGCCAAUGAAAAUAACACUGGAAGCACAUUGGGAACCUUAUCCUGACCAAUGGGUGACAUCUGGGUUGAGCUUGUGGCUCAAAUCCUGAAUCUUGUGUGCCUAGAAAUGAGCCCAAGACUUUUACCUUCACCUUUAUUGAUCUGUAUCCUAAUUUCCUGUUGGCUUAGAACCUUUGGCUGAAGUCCAAAUGACAUUCCUAUAUUCUGCUAAUAUUCUCCUCCUAGAGUUUGGACCAUGCUUCACCUAUUGUCUAGGAUCUACCUUCAGCAUAAAUCAACCUUCCUGGAACCACAGCUCUGCCACCCUUCCAUAGAGCUAUAUGUUUUGUUUCCAUCUAAAGACUCAUGCUUUCCCAACAAACAGAACCUCCUGGCUAUUUACAAACCAGAUUGAAUGGGCAUCUGAACACUGCUUGGAACUGUUGGUCCCUUUCUUUGCAGGCUAGCCCAUCAGGCAGGUGUAUGCUUUUAGCCAAGCCCGCCAAUUCCAGCUUACUCCUCUCUUCUCCAACAACCCUACUUGAGGUUCCAGCAUGUCUUAUAGCCAAGUCAAUAUGCUCUAGGAUAAGGAUUUCUGAAAGGUAUUUAGUGAGAGUUGGGGAUGGUGUGUCAUAAUUACUGUGUCUGUAGCAUGUCCUUGCUGCCUUGGACAAGGGACCUGGCCAAAUAAAUCUCCACUGAAGACUGACAGCCAGACCCUGCAGUAGUUUCUAACUCUAGAAGCUUCAAUGUAGUCACCAUCUAGGAUUACUACUCAUUGCUAUUGAGCUCUACCUUUAUGGACCACAUCUGAGGUCCUUCAUCUAAUUGAGGAUCUUAAAAAACAAUGAAUGGCAAACAACUUCCUACACUAUCUCAUCUGAAAAAUCCUGGGGCACAUACAUUAAAACCAUCUGUGCACAAAACUCAGGAAGUCGGAGUUUUAUUGCUUAUGUUUUACUCUUGGUACACACCAGCUUUGUGUAGAUUUCUGAUGCUUCUGAACAAAAGUAGUGUUAUGCUAGAAAGGCACAACUCCCUAAAAUGUUAAAACUAUUUAGCAAUGAUCACUGCUGGUAAUUAUCAGCCCUCUGUUCCCUGCUUCUUGUUGCUGAUGUAUGUCCCCAAAAUGGAUAUCCUGGAGAAAUAUCAGUAAUCACAUAUUCCCUAGCAACCAUCAAGGCCUCUCAGAACAUGAAAUCCCAUUGUACUUUGGCUUUGUUUCUGGAGAAUUAUGCUAACUUUGACAAUACUUAAACCUGGCUAGGACCUUACUACUCUGAUUCUGUAGCACCAAUAAAUAGAUAUUUUCACCUUGUGCCUUGCUAGCCACUGUGCCAAUUCUUAUUUGCAUUCACGAAGGGUUUCUUUUAACAACGGCUCGCUGUACAACCACAUUACUCUAUAUGCUCCCACAACAGAGACCUGAGUUAACAUAUUCCAGUUAUGCUAAGAAAUUCCGACUAUAGUACUGGGAUUGUAUGAGAUCCUCUAGCAAGUAGAGCUAUUGAAAUUACAGUGACUCUGAAAUUACCUGGAAGUAUCUUGUUCUACCUCCAUCAAUUCUAUAAUAAAGGACUGACCUCA